UUGCAGUCUCCUGAAGGAACCGAAAUCGAAGUGAAAUUAGUGAAUUUCACAAAAGGCCUUUCUGUUGACGGAUGCAGUUAUGCAGGUGUAGAGAUCAAGACCAACAAGGACCAAACGCUCACUGGUUACAGAUUCUGCUCACCUGACGCGGCUGGAACAAUUCUUCGUUCUUACAUAAACCGUGUCCCAAUAAUGACAUAUAACAGGAUUGUCAAAACGACUACUGUCCUUGAAUAUCGACACGGUACUGCUUCAUUAUUUCAUGUCUCGGAAAAACUCAGACUAACCUGA